AUGAACCCGGCAUCGUUCGAGUAUCCGACCUCAUCUACCUCGGUGUCGGGCACCUCCGAGUUGUUCAGCUCAACAUUUGCCAUCCUCUCCGACACCAACCCCUCGUACGCCGAGCAACAAUGGACGCAGGAGAAGCUGCAAAGCGCCUAUUACUACGAAACGCCCCAAACGGACGCGUUUUCCCAAUUACAGGCUUAUGAUGGGACGAUGGAUUUGAGAUUCGAUGCCUACCGAACAGCGGCCCUCCCAACCUACGACCAAUAUAAUCCGGUCGUUUCUCUACCCGUCGUAGCUCCUCAGCUGAACCUAUCCUAUUUGGACCAAAGCCUUCUACGACAACCCGAGCCCCUCCACGUCUACACCCAUCAACAACAGGCCGGCACGGCUUUUCAACCCGUUCACGCGCAUUCAAUAAACACGUUACCCGUGGUGCCAUCCCCGGCAAAUUCCAUCACGCAACGCCCCACCUCUUCCACCUCAAAUAAUAGCGUCAGUGUGACACCACCGCAUCACAACAAUAAUAACCAGUCAACACCUCCUCAAAGCGAAAGCCCGCCGGAUACGAUACCGCUAAAUGCGACUGAAAUUGAAGACGAUGAAAGGGUGAUGUGCAUGGCGUGUCGAGGCGUUUAUCCCUCAAGAAGAAGCCUAACCGGCCAUAUUGGGCGGAACGAGAAGUGUCGCGAAAUUAUUGGUCGCAACUAUCUCGAACAAUUGGCAACAGCUGGAAACGCGGAAGGGAGAGCUUCUGCUGUUAUUCCACCUCCACCUGGGACCGAAUCGGCCAAGGCGGGUGCCAUUGUCAAUGGGACCGAUGGGUUGUCGCCGAUAUGCCCUUAUUGCGAUCGGUUUAUUUCGCAUUAUAAGGGCAACAUCCGCCGACACAUCAACCAAUGCGGCAAAACUGGAGGAAAACGACCAAAGGCACAGAAGGAUGGAAAGCGGAAGCGAAGUGAAGAAAGUGUCAAUCAAGACGAGUGGUCAUCCCCGGAACCGCAUCAAAUGUGCGGCCAGAUGAAUAUGAAUAUCUAUGAAAUACCAAUUCCGCCUGUUCCUGAGGUGAUGUCCCCGCCCUUGAUGAUGAUGACACAAGCUAUGGAGAUUGUUCAACCACCCCCGGUGAUGAACCCGCCGCCCCAGCUUCAGCUUAUCCCUCAAGUUCCUCAGCCGCCAAUACAAGCCCCACCUCCGCCACAGCCUGCGAUACAGUCUGUCGAAGUUAAACCCACCGCCGCUGCACCAUUAGUCGUUGCUGGACUGAAAAAAGAAAACGAAAUCCCCGACGACCCGUACCUAUGCCCAUUCUGUGAUUUCCUCACCGUCUACAAAGGGAACAUGAAGCGCCAUAUGAAUACGUGCCAUGUUAAUGAGCCGGAUUGUAAAGACCAUAAGCUCGACAAAAUGAAAGCGUCAGUGCUUGGGGUCGACCCCGCUACUUUGAUGGAAAAAAUUAAUGCGCAUAAGGCAAAUUCCACACGGGGCAGACGGCCAAAGAAGAAGGACGGUCAAGGGAACGGCGGAAAUUCGCAAGGCGGAAACCAGCAACAGCAUCAGACGUUGAACACGCAUUUGGAUCAAUAUCAACAUCAUAUGUACCAAAUGAACAGCCAAUACAUGGGCAUGCACGGGAUGCGGAUGGGCGGUUUGCUGGAGUACGACGAGCUCGGAUGUCCGGCCGAUCCGUACGUCUACCCGACGAUUCCCGGCCUCGGCCACGAUCCUAGCGAUCCACUCCAAGCCACCAUUAACCACGUUGUCGAAACGCAUCGUCCGAAAGAUAACGAUGCGAGUGAAGUGUGGUUCACGAUUUUCUACGCUACCAUAAUUUCCGUGGCGGCGUUUGGAAGUGUAUUUUUUGGAAUAAUUGGUGUUUACGGGAUUUUGAAGAAGCGUUAUGAUUGUGUGCUGGUUUGCUUUUUCUUUUUAAUUUUCGCCCUGAUUGGUGACGUCGGUGGUAUCGCUUCGGCUUUAAUGCAACGCGGGCCAGUAUAUUUCAAUGUAACCCUCGAAUUUAUAGAGGCGAUUGAAGAGGGCCCCACGGCUGCGCUGCAGUGCUUGGAUACGCGAUCCUACCCGCCUAAAAAUUCCAAAAUUGAGGCUCCCGCCGCGCCUCCAUCGGCUUUCGAGUCGCUGCAGGAGCUGAUUCGGCAGCGGACUUUUUUGGAGUUCAGUCAACUCUCCAUGUUUACUGCUCCAAGACCUGCGGCAUCUGGUAGACGCGUAAGCCUCGAGACAAAUGGAUCCGUGGGAGGUCCCGUCUCAGUCCCACCACCAGUCCCCUCACAUUGCCGUCCAAUGCACCCACCACCAAUUAACAAUCGCAAAUCCCCGAUCCAAGCCAUCAAAGCCAGACGAGAUCUGGCGUGGGUGGUUGUGGUGAUACAAACAAUUGUUAUUGUAGCGCUAUCACUUUUAUUUUUUACUUAUGUCCUCCAUACAACUCAGACCAACGUGGAAGAUGAGGCGCCGAGUGAGACGAAUCGAACCCCAUUGACUAUGCGAAAACAUCCACGAAAUGGACAUGCGACCGGUAGUUGGGAAGACCCCUUGAACAAAAACGAGCUCGAGCUACAAGGGAAUACAAUAGACGACACGACGCCAGGCAUCAAUUCAAUUACGUCAGCUGAGCGUGCCGGGUACAAAAGCGCUGUCGUGGUCUCGAACGACAAGAGAUGUUCCGAUAUUGGAAAUUCGAUUUUGGUGCGAGGUGGGAAUGCAGCGGAUGCAGCGAUAGCUACCCUGUUUUGCUUGGGUGUCACUCAGCCACAGGCUAGCGGCUUGGGAGGCGGGCUGCUGGGAUUAUUUUGUGAGAAAGCUGGUCGGUGCACCGAAAUCAAUGCGAGAGAGACCGCACCAUCCUCUGCGACAAAAGACAUGUUUGUCGGGAAUCCGAAAGACUCGUCAGAGGGUUACCGUUCAAUUGCUGUCCCCGGAGAAUUAAGCGGAAUGUGGCGAAUUUACGAAAGAUUCGGAAGCCGGCGAGUCACAUGGCAUGAUAUCGUAUGGCCAUCUGUAGAGUUGGCUCGGAAAGGAAUUCGAGUCGGUACCGAAUUGGCUGCAGCUUUAACCAUGAAAAAGCGAUCAUUGCUUGAGGACGAGGGAAUGAGAGCUUUAUUGGUAAAUCCCAGAACCGCCGAUCUAUAUAAGGAAGGCGAAACGAUGAAUCGAGAUCGAUUGGCCGAGACGCUUUUGCAGCUGGCAGAAGCCGAGGACCCGACAAGUAUUUUUUACAAAGAAGAUAUGGCCGAUCAGCUGAUAAAAGAAAUCAGAAAAGGAGGAGCUAUCUUGACAAAAUUAGACUUGGAAGACUACGAGACAGUCUUAUCGCCAGCGCUUUGUUCUACUUUUCAUCCUACUGUAUCGCUAUGCGGUCCGAGGCCUCCGUCUUCGUUUUUGAUUACGCAGUUGAUAGUGGCGCUGGUGACAGCCCUCUACCCUGCUAACUUCUCCGACGAGGACCUAAAAACAGUCCAGUUCACCCAUCGACUCAUCGAAGCGUCGAAAUUUGCAUUUGCCCAAAAAGUGGCCCUGGGCGACCCGGCUUUCACAACGAAUUCGGAUUAUAUGAUCAACAUCAUGCUCAACUCUUCUUACAUCGAUUAUCUGGCGAAGAAAAUCCCCGAAUCCACAAAAGAUUUCAAAUAUUAUGGAAUCCCGCACGUUCAGAAAUCAGAUCACGGUACAUCACAUGUAUCCAUUAUUGAUGAGUUUGGAAAUGCGAUUGCAAUUUCAUCCAGUAUAAAUACACCAUUCGGGUCGUUACGUGCGUCGAAGUAUGGAUUUAUCUACAACUCCCAGAUGGACGCGUUUUCGACACCUAAUUUGCCUAGUGAAUUUGGGUUCCCACCGGCUGAAACAAACUUUAUUCAACCUGGAAAGUGCCCGAUGAGCAGUUUAAGCCCGGUGGUUGCGCUGAAUCGGCAGAAUGGGCAGGCAAUACUAUCGGCAGGAGGUGUGGGUGGUACUCGGAUAGUUCCGGCUAUGGCUUCAUUGCUUAUAAGAAGCUUGUUCUUUGAGCGUCCUCUAGCUGAGAGUGCGGCUCAGAAGAUUGUGUUCAGUCAAUAUAUACCGGAUAAUGCGUUUUUUGAGAAUGGCUUUGAUCGGGACCUUCUCCACGACCUUGCCCAACGUGGGCACGAGGUUCGAGCCCUCACCGACGAAAAAUUCGCAACGUUCGGAGCGUCGCGUAGCGCCUGGGGCGGCUUCCAAACCACCAACGACCCCCGAUCAACCGAUGGUGGAGUGGCUGGCUAU